GGGGAUAGAAGUGGAGAGAAGGAGAGGGGAUAGAAGUGGAGAGAAGGAGGGGGGGAUAGAAGAGAGAAAUGGAGAGAGAAGGACAAAAGGAGAGGGGGCCUGGGUGAGUUUCCAAGCCCAGGACGGUGAACCCUGAUCGGGGGGUUAGACCAGGCCUCUGGAGUUCCUUUGGAGAGAUGAGGACCUCUGAGAAGACAGUGUUUAGACACAGGUGAAAAUGAAAUGAAUCCUGACUCUAAUGGAUCCUGUGAUUACAACAUGGAUUGACCUUUUCUUCUUCUGAUCUGAAGGAAUAUUUUAGUUUUUUAUGUGGACGUUUUUCUGUGUGGAAAUGUGUCUAUUUUUUCUGCAUGAAUUUGGAGUUUCAAAUCUUUCUGGUGUGGAUUUUAAGGAGGCUGUUCAGUUGACUCUGGAUCUGAAACUGCCUCCACUCAUCUGAAGGGAUUUAAACAAUAACUAUUUUGGCCUUGGAUUUUUUUCACGUUGUGUAUUUUUCCAAUAUGUUUUUUUCCCGUGCAGUAGUUGAGACUGCUUUGUAACCUUGGUAACCAAGCGGUAACCAGGCGUCAACUGAGCGGUAACCAUGGCAGCAGCCUAUCGAGUGGUAGUGAGCAGUGUUAGUUGCUACAGCAGCGUGGUGGUGGACCGUCGGGCUCAGAGUCACGCGGUGCACUACUGCUCCGGGUCAUGUGGGGCGCUGUCCCAGGGACUGGACUGUACUGUUGCCCAUCGCAGCACCUGCUCCGAGCUGCUGACCACCCCCUCACACACAUUCACACACAACCUGACCAGAAACGCUAACUCUCCUCACCAAAUCCCCAACAGCUCUAAACUUAGUAUGACCGGCUGUAAUGGGGGUAGUGGUGUUCCUAAUGAUCCUAACAGUGUGUAUGGUGUGGUGGGGGAGGACAGUCCUCCAUGGCGAGGUAAGAAGGCCAACACUACCACCGCUACUACCAGCUCUGGUCCUGACCGGCUUCUCCAGAGCUCUGCCAGUCUGAAGGACAUCACAGGAGAAGCCAUCAACCUGGCCAGUGGCAAACUCAAAGAGUUCUCCUUCGAGAAGCUCCGCCUCUCCACCAGUCACGUGACCUUCAGGAAAGGUCGCAAGGUCAGGCCGGACUCGUACAGCCGUCGGUCAACGGACCUCGACAUUGUCUACGGACACUUCACCGGGAACGUCGGAGGAACGGGGAAUGGGACUAUUACCGGAAAUGGAAACGCCAAUGAUGAGAACCUGCCUCCUUUCAGCGACACCACCAAGGUGCUCCAAGGCCUAUCGCCUGCUAGCAUCACCGCCGGGGGCGGGUCUCUAUCCACAACCAGCCUAUCCAGUGUCUCCAGGGCUGGGGGCGGGUCCACCAGUAGCCUAUCCAGCGCCUGCUCUGGUUCCUUGGAGGCGGGGUUAAACACAGUGGCGUCUCUCUACCUCAGCUCAUUAGCCGACGAGUCCCUCAUCGCCCGGUUACUGGAGAAGACCCGUGCAGGGGAGGAGGGAGGAGUGGGAGGAGCCGGGGGGGAAGACAUACGGGCCUGUCUGGACAUUCUGGUCAAGUGUUCAGAGGACUUGAAGAAAUGUACUGACAUCAUCAAGCAGUGUAUCAGUCGGAAGAGUCCAGGGGGAGGAGAAGAUGGGGGAGCCAGUCCAGAGAGCAUCUACAGAGCUGUGAUGACCAGACUGAGCUCCUAUCUGAGGAAACUGCCUCUAGAGCUGGAGGGGGCUGGGUUAGGGUUAGGGUCAGGGGCUGGAGGUCAAGGGUCAGGGAUUGGAGGUCAUAGCGAGUUGGCCGAGCUGGUUAGUAGUCUCCAUAUGCUGCAGCAAGCUGCUGUCCCCUUCUCACCCAUAUUUGGGAAUGAUCAACCGCCACGGUAUGAGGACGUUGUUCAGAACCCUCCUUUACCCAAGAGCAGGGAUAUACUGCCACCUUCGUCACUCGCUCCAGACUCUUCUCUCUCUUUGUCCACUACGCCUGAGACAGCAGGGAGACAUAAGGUUCAGACCAACGGGCUGCAGCACACACACACUCUGUCACACACACACUCUCCUUCACCGCACACACACACGUUGUUUGUUUCUACCCCUCCAUCCCAGGCACACACACCUUCAUCGCAAACGCACACUCCGUCAGCGCGCACACACACUCCGUCCAUCUCCCCCAUGGAGGCUCUCUUCAUUGAGGAGGAUGCAGACCUGGGAAGGGGGCUGAACAGGGCUUCCAGACACACACACUCACACACCCCGACCAGAAGCCUCACACACACUCACAGUCGGAACGGGACAGCUUUUAGUCCACACACACCCCCCAGCUCCGCGCAUACACACCUCAGCCCCAAUCUGUCACACGUACACGUUACACACACACUCCAGUCUGCCGGUGAAGACCUCACCUGCCCCCCAACCUCCGAACACACCCCUCCUGUCACUCAUAGAGACGACGACAUCGACAGGCUUCUGAUGGACUUGGAGUGUCUGUCGCAGAGCAUGGGUCGGGAGAGAGACCGAGUCAGAGAGGGAGAGAGAGAAAGAGAGGCGGAGCCCCCUCUCCCCAUUAAGACCAGACAGAGGGGGACAGGACAGGGGAACACCUCCCCACAAACCCAACCCUGUCUCCAGACACAAACCCAAAUCAACCCCCAGGCUCAAAGGCCUGUUCCUGUUAGCCACCUAACCGCUAACGCCCAGGCCACCAGGUCGACCCCCAGCUCGCCUGCUCCUCUCCGCCAGGCAGAGGGCAGCAUGGUGGGGCUGGGAGAUGAGGAGGACGGGGCCCUGCUGCUGAGGAUCCUGGAGAGCAUUGAGAGCUUUGCCCAGGAACUGGUGGACUCUGGGGGUAGUCCUGGGAACACUGGGAAGACUGGGACUCAGAGCAAAGAGAAGGAGGUGAUGAGACUCCUACAGGACACUCUGGCUACUGCAGCCAAGACUGACACUCUGACGCAGGCCAAAAUACCUGGAUCUCCACCCGCUGGGCAAGGUGACUAUGGACCUGUACAUGUGUCUGCCUCCACACCAACACCUGCACCCAGACCUACAGAUGGACCUGUUCCUACGGCCCUACGUGUCUCUACAGCUCCAACACCUAUCCCUGCCCCUAUCCCCACAACCCUAGCAGAGUCUGUCUCUACAGCUCCCACACCUGUCCCUGUCCUUGUCCCUGUCCCUGUCCCCACAACCCUAGCAGAGUCU